AUGGCGCCCAAGAGCGCGGACUCGGCCGCGGCGCGCUUGCCCGUGCUGUUCGCGCCCGCGGGCGCGGCGUUCGCGGGCGGGCUGGCCGAUCCGCGGGCCGGCCUGGUGCAGCACCAGUUGAGGGCUGCGGCUGGCCUGGAGCCGGAGCUACCAGAGGCUCGGAUCGAUUUCUUCUGGGAAAACGCAGCGUCGAUGGUGGAGAGGGACGUUCCUUGCCUCAGCCGCUUAGUUUUCUUCGAGUCGUUCCCCGUGAAUCAGGCGGGCGACUUCGGCCGGGUCAAGCGGCCGCGCCUCCACUGGGCGUCGCAGGGCCUGCUGCCGACCUUGGAGGCUGAGUCGACCGUCGUGAUGGCGAGGUCGGUAGAGGGCGCGCGGAGCGCUUGGCGCGCGCAGCUCAUGGACCCGCGCCCCCCUUCGGGGGAGCGGGCCUGCGGGCAUCGGGGAGCGCUCGACGGCCCAACCAAGCCCUUUCGCGUCGCGGCCUCGCCGUUCCAGUUUCGUGGCAAGUGGCGCGCGCACUGGCCCCAUGGGCGGGUGGGGCUGCCCUGCGCCUGGGUUCGCGAGAAGCUGAUGGGCUUUCAAAAAGGGCACGCGGCGCCCUGCACGACGAGCAGCGAGGCCAAGGCGGAGCCCGACAAGCAUGGGGCCUUGUGCAAAUCAUCGGUCGAUCUUUCCAUUGCGAAGUGGUGGCUUGGCUGGUCAGCCACUGGGCGGCAGUCGCGCGCCCGGUGGCCGCCGCGCCGCCGCUCGAGGAGCCCCGCGCCAGCGCGCGCUCCUGGGGCGGCAGCCGCCGACUGGGCCGGGGGCGCUGCGUUGGUGCGGCGCGGGCGCGAAGAGUUCGCGGAGCGCCGCUUUGUGGCGCUGGGGAAGCACGGCGCGUCCGCGCACGUUCUCCGCGGCCCCCGACGCUGGGCGGCGGCCGCCUCGCGCCGGGGCAACCCGUUUGCGGUGGCCCCUCGGCGCCCGCGAGAGGACGCGGUGGCGGUCGACGCCAGCUGGCUUCAGUCGCAGCCGCAGCAACUGGAGGCCCAAGGCGAGCUGCGGGGCGCGCCGCUUCUGUGCCGCCGCCCGCCAGAACUGCCGCGCCAGGCCGACGUGCUGCUCGCUGAGCUUGCGAAGCGUGGGCAUGCUGAAUGGCGCGACACAGGCGCGUCGCGGAGCAUUGCGCCGGGCCCGGCGACGGCCCGCCAUCGCAACGGCGCAGAUUUGAAAGCGGAAGGAAUUCAGAAGUUCUUGCCAAAGCGUUCCCCAGGCAGGAGUUUGACGCCCUCUUCUUGCAGCGGUGAAAGGCAGGGCAGUUGGCGCGGGGGGGCCGCGCAGCACAUCAAUGUCCUGGAGUGCCAGGGCGCGCUGAUGGCGAUGCAGUGGCGCGCGAGGUCGGUCGCCCGUCAGCAGCGCGCAGGCUCGCGCCUCGUCGAUAGGACGGUCAACGUCGUCGCCUUCUCGAGGCGCCGUUCCAGCAGCAGGCAGCUCAACCAGGUGGCGCGCAGCAUCUCAGCCUGGAAGCUCGCGAACAGCGCGUCGUCAGCCAAGAACCCAACGGGAUCGCCGUCGCGCUUUGCCGACGGGCGUGCCGCCAGGGCUGGCCCGUGGAGGCUGGGCGACGCGCAGGUCGGAGCCCAGGCACUGAAGCGAUGCCCGCGUGUGGCUCAGCAGUUUGUCCACGAUGUGGGCCAGGGCAACUACGCGCUGAGCGGAGUGUAUCAUUUGCUUGAGACACGCGAGAUCGCGCUCGCCGCUGCCAUCCUUGGCGAGGCUCUGGGCGUCGCGAGUGCUGCGAUGAAGGUCCGCGAGUGCGCGGGCUUUGAAAGGUGGGCUGCGAGCCUGCAGCUAUUCCGCGCUGCGCGGCGCGAUUCCGCCGAGCUCGGCGCCAUGCGGGGCGCCUUGCGGGGCUCGCAGUGGCGCGCGGCCCUGGAGCUCCUGCAGGGCAUGCGGCAGCGCUGGGUGGAGCCUUCCGCCGUGACCGAGCUGACGUGCGCCAGUAUGCCCGGCAGCAGCUGGAGCAUUGGCCUGCAACUCCUCGCCAGGUGUGGGGCCGCCUCCGGCCCAGGCCCGAGCAUGGUCGCGGACGCGGCCGCGGUCCGCUCCCUCGAGAGGGGCCAGGAGCUUGAUGCGGCGCUUCGGAGGCUCUGCGAGCUGCUGGGCCGGCGGGCCCGCGCCCUGCGUCGGGAGAUCGAGGCCGAUGCCGACGCCGACGCGCACCUUGCCGACCUCGCCGUGGCGCGCCCACGGCGGCUCGAGGACGGAUGCUCGAAGUGA